CCCAGCCUUUGUUUUGUUGUAAAUUUUCGUGGGUUAUAGGACUAAGCUGGGGUGAGUUUGGUUUCGGACCUUUGGUUGCCGUGAAGCUCCUCUCUUAACAAUGGUUCCGGCGGAACAUCACCGGCGACGAUCAGCAAUCGCUCCUUUUGCCGUUUUCCUGUAAAAGAUUGAGAAUAGGGAAAUAAAUUAAGCAACAACACUCUUAAAUCUGCGCCGGAAGGAAUUUGUAGUUAUCGGUGCUCCCACUCGCCAGCCAUUCGCCAUUCCCCAAUACCUAGCCGGCUCCCACCCAUUGCGCUCAGAUAUAACACUUCAAGGCAAUCCAUUGUAGCAGCUCGCAGUCGCUGAACCAGAGGCGUAUUGUCGAGCGAUGGAAUACAGAAAAAUCAAAGAUCAGGAUGAGGACGCUAUCCAUGUCCAUGUCCAUGAUGAUAUUGGGAGCUUACGAGGGAGACCUCAUUCAGGCCCUUCCUCUGCUACUGUUGCUUCAGGAGGCAGUUAUGCUGACACUUCCAAGUGGAAGCGCAAGUAUGAUUGUAUUUGAAAUGUCCGUAGUAACACUUGCAUUGACGGUUCUUACUAGUUCUCAAGCAAUUCUUAUUGUUUGGUCAAAGAGGGCUGGCAAAUAUGAGUAUAGCGUUACAACUGCUAAUUUUUUGGUCGAGGCUUUGAAAUGUAUGAUAUCACUUGCAUCUCUCACUAGAUUAUGGAGGACCGAAGGUGUUACCGAUGAUAAUAGAUUGAGUACAACAUGGGAUGAAGUUAGUGUCUACCCCAUCCCUGCUGCCCUUUACCUUGUCAAGAAUUUACUUCAAUAUUACAUAUUUGCAUAUGUAGAUGCCCCAGGAUACCAGAUACUGAAGAAUUUGAAUAUUAUCAGUACUGGUGUUUUAUACCGUAUUAUUCUCAAGAGAAGGCUGAGUGAAAUUCAGUGGGCAGCUUUCAUUUUAUUGUGUGCAGGGUGCACCACUGCACAGCUAAAGUCUAAUUCUGAUGCAGUGUUGCAGACACCUUUCCAAGGUUGGAUGAUGGCAAUUAUCAUGGCACUUCUUAGUGGUUUUGCUGGAGUCUACACGGAGGCCAUAAUUAAAAAACGGCCUUCAAGGAACAUUCAUGUUCAGAACUUCUGGUUAUAUAUAUUUGGGAUGGCUUUCAAUGCUCUUGCAAUACUGGUUCAAGAUUUUGAUGCUGUUGUGAACAAGGGAUUUUUUCAUGGAUAUUCACUGAUAACUGUGCUGAUGAUAAUGAAUCAUGCUAUGAGUGGUAUUGCUGUAUCAAUGGUUAUGAAAUAUGCUGACAACAUUGUGAAGGUGUAUUCGACAUCAGUUGCAAUGCUGUUGACAGCAGUUGUAUCUGUUUUCUUAUUUGGAUUUCAUCUUUCACUUGCCUUCUUUCUUGGUUCUAUCGUUGUUUCAGUCUCGAUAUAUUUACACUCAAUUGGAAAGGCCCCGAGAUAGUGGAAGCAACUUUUCAGCCAUAUUAGGGUGAUCAGUCUAAUAUCUUUAUGAAUUUCCAUCUGUAGCAUUGAUUGAUUUGUCACUAUAGCAUAUUAAAAUUUUCACCAUGCCUUAAGAUUGCAUCCAGUAUUAUAUGCUUACAAGUGAGAAUGCUUGGAUGUGUCUAUUAUUUUUGUUGAAGUCAAAGGAUAUUGUUGAUUUAGGUGAUCA